AUGCAAAAAGUGAACUGUGUGACAAUGUGCAAUCUUUUGGCUGGACUGAGAAUGUGGGCGGUCUUCUUGUGCUAUUUAUUAGCCGAAGUUAAGACAUAUCCCAUGCAAGGAUGGCCUGUAUAUGCACCAGAACCCAGAGAUUAUAAUGAAGAUGACUAUUAUUACUCGCCUAAGGUCCAAUACUACUAUGACGCUCCAGCUGUCAACCCCCCUGAAGUGUACGGUCAAGUUCCGUAUUCAUACAUGUACGAUCCAUACGGGCAUUUUGCUAAAGAUCUUCCGAACAUAGACGAUGAACGCUUUUCAGCUCUACCAAUAGGACAAGAAACGUGGUACGAAAGUGAUUCUAACUCCCGCUGGCGCUCGAAUAACGAAAUUGAUGACGUCAAUGCAGCUUUCCUAGACAACCUUAUCCUUACGCAAAUGGCUCGAGACGCGCAAAGGCGGCGUGAAAACGCCCGUGCUGCUUUUUCUAACGUCGAUUACGAAGAAAAAGACAAUGAAGAUGAAGAUGUUAGAGAAUUAAAAGCACUGGCAGGAAAGCCCAUGUACCACGUACCCAAGACGGUCCCCAGAUUUGAUGACGAUGAGGACGAUGAUUACGAAGGUGACGACUCUGAUAGCUUUAUAAACUGGAACGGCAACAAAAGGAGCAUAACCACAGAGGCACCCCAAACGACGACAUUUACACCUAUAGCUCAAAACGCAGGUCAAAAAGAAGUCGUGAUGCCUCGCCCCGCACAGAAAACUCAUCAUUUUAAUAUCCAGUCAAAAUUCGACCAAAAUAAGCGAUCUAUUCCAUUGUACAACGCAUUUCCUCGAUUUGAAGAUAUAAAUAAUGACUCAACGAAAACAAAAAGAAUUGGCAAGCGCUUUGUAGCUAGUGAUUCGGACCUCGUUGUCGAAUUAAGGGGCCUAAAACAUCGUAUCGCAACUUAAAUAAUUUCGCAUUGAAUCGCCAACUUACUUAUAUGAGACUGAAUUAAUUUAGCAUUGUAGAUAUACGACAGUGACCUGACACUUCUUAAAACUCAAUAAAAAUCCAAAAAAAAAGUAGAAUGUAUAGCCGUUAACAUAUAACUGAAAACUUUGUGUUAAUAAUAAUAAUCUUCUAUGUAAAUUUGAAUUUCUUUCUGACGUUAAUUUUAAUUUCCACCAACUUUGAAUUGGUUUGAUUCGUAGAUGUAUGGGAAAAUGAUCGUACAAAGAAGACUAUACAUAAGUGCGUUAGAGGAGAUAAAUGUGAAUUAUGAAAACUAUAGUUUAUUUAAAUAUGAGAACCCUUCACAAGGCAGCUAAUAAUUGCACAAAACUGUGCGUUUGUAAAUAAUUUAGGUACUGAUUGUCUUAGAAUUAGAUAGAAGGUUAUAAUAUAAUCUAAUUUUUGUAUACUACGUAUUACUACUUUUUGAACUUUUUAUUGCAUAAGUAAUUCAUUUAUGCUAUCUGAUUAAACAAUAUAAAAUGGCGUCCACGCGAUACUUUCUGCUAUCAUAACGAAUUUCUUGAGAACAGGAAUUACAUGGAAUGUAAAUCAUCAUCAACAAAAUGUAAAAGCCAUUGCUACAGUUAACUAUGUAUACUACCACAUAGCUGGUGCUAUAAACUUAUUUUGUUACGUACCUAUUACGGUCUAAGCAGACAAUACCAGAGAUCUUUUUGCGAAGCAAAACAAAAUGUUAUUAUAUUUAAAAAAAAACUUUAUCGUGUAUAAGAUGGAAGUGAUUCUCUUGUUUGGAAGAGGAUUAGGUGAUAUUUUAGCUUUACAGCUUCAUGUCUAACACAGUGAGUCUAUAAGACAUUUUUAUAGAAAACAAAAGUAUAGUAACGCAAAAACUGCAUGCAAUUUCAAUAUACCAAUUUGUAAAUAUUUCACCCUUUUCCUAACCUGUAUGUUAGUAACUUUUGUAUUACACUUUUAUAUGUUCUAUUGUCGUUAAUGACUUAUCUUUCUAAAGUACAUAUCUGAUUAUUAUAACGUCACAAUUCAAGGCGAAAUAGUGUCAGCCGGAGUUAGUAUAGAUAGUGAAUUAGAGUCACAAUGUAUUUAUAGUUCAAAUUAAACCAUUUAUUUAAUGUAAUCUCCAUUCUUACUUUACCAUUUGUAAUUUGCUUUUUAUUAAUGCCUCAUUCAAAUUUAAUAUAAGACUUGAGUGAAUGUAGGAAGUGAAUGCUCUAUCGAAACGAAUUUUCGCGUAAAUGGCUCAAUUUGUGUAUAUAGAUUGAUCAUUAUCCAUCAAUCUAUAUUUUAAAUAUGUCUGUUUCCAUUAAUUUGAAGA